AUGCCGAGACCCGGGGCAUUUGGCUCAAAUCUUGCCGAUUUGGCCAGCUACUUGCUCACAAAUGGUCCUCGCAAAGUAUAUCCAGCCUCGCGACGAGUGCGCGUGAGGCACAACCAAACCACAAUCGUGGACACAACCAAGGCCGUGCACGUCUGGGAACAUGAUGGCUACCCCCAGUUCUACUUCCCGCUGAGCGAACUCAGACAUUGCUCCGCAAGAGAUAUACAUCUGGUCAGGAGCGAGGGGUUUGCCAGAGCUGCCGUGGUGGAAGUGACCAUUCCGUCGAGGAACGGCAUCCAAGAGAUCAAGACGGAUCGCGUGAUCCGCUUCACCGACGACAAGAGCCUCGGCGCGUUAUCAGGGCUGGUGCGCUUGGAGUUUGGGGCUAUGGAUCAAUGGCUCGAGGAGGAUGUCCCGGUAUACGUCCAUCCCAAGGAUCCCUUCAAGCGGAUAGAUGUUCUCCCGUCGUCACGGCCAGUAGAAGUCAGGGUGGACGGCAAAACCGUCGCGAGUGCCACUUCGUCUGUCCACUUGCACGAGACGGGCCUUCCGACGAGGUACUACAUCUCGCCUGGAGCCGUCGAUCCGGCCUUCCUGCGAAGGAGCCAGCUCGUGACCAAGUGCCCCUACAAGGGCGACGCGGAGUACUACGACGUGGUCGUAGAUGGGAAACGGCACCACGACCUGCUGUGGUGUUACAGGCUGCCUGCCCACGAGAGUGUCGGGAUUGCGGGACUGCUGUGCUUUUACAAUGAAAAGGUUGACAUCCUGCUCGACGGGCAACUUUUAGAGAGACCCGAGACCCAUUUCGGUUAG